AAUAUUCAUGAGCCACACCUUCAAAAACUGCAGCGAUUUCUGUUUUUCUCUAAUUCAUGCCGACUCUUGUUCUAACAUCGUGACAGUCUUCAGCCGGAAAAUCAUCAUCAUCAUCAUCUGAUUUACUGACCGAAGCGCCGAGGACUUUUAAAGGCAAGCGUCAUCAUGGUGAACUGCUGUGGUCUUGUGUCUGAAAAAAACGAACCAGUUCCUCUCAAGAGCAUCUCGGUGGAACUGCAGGUCCGGGAUCACGUGGCCUCCGUCAGCUCCCGUCUGCAGUAUGUGAACGAGGAGGAGCGUCCGCUGGAGGCCGUGUUCGUCUUCCCGCUGCCCGCCGACGCUGCCGUCUGCCACUUCAGCGCCAAGAUCGGGGAGCAGGAGAUUGUGGCCGAGGUGCAAGACAGACAGAGCGCGCGGGAUCAGUAUGAUGACGCUGUGAGUUCGGGUCAGCAGGCGUUUCUGCUGGAAGAGAGCGAAGAGAGUUCGGAUGUGUUCAAACUGAGUGUCGGCUGUUUGUCUCCGGGUCAGAACGCCUCCAUCACCAUCGUCUACGUCAUCGAGCUCAGCGUUCAGGCCGAUGACGCGCUGCGCUUCUGUCUGCCGGCAGUGCUCAACCCACGAUACAAACCAGCAGCUUCAGCGGCCGGUGUUCCAGAAGUUUCCUCAGCAUCCGUUAUUCCUUACACUCUGUCUCUGAGUGUUGAUGUGAGAUCUUCAGACCGCAUCUCCAGACUAGAGUCCAGCUGCCCUCUGGAUCCUCUGGAGUUCCUCGACGCGCAACACACUCACGCCACGGUGAAGCUGAGUCCUGGUCACUGCUUUGAUAAGGAUGUGGAGCUGUUUCUGUACUAUGAGAAUUCCCAUCAGCCCUCUGCUGUCGUGGAGGCUGGAGCGUCUGCGGCUCAGUCAGGUUCUCUGAUGGGCGACCCGGCGCUCAUGAUCAGUUUGUACCCAGAGUUCCCUGCGGACGUGAUGUCGUCACUGGCGUCUCAGGGCGAGUUUGUUUUUGUGGUUGACAGAUCAGGCAGUAUGGACUGCAAGAUGCAUCAUGGGAAUGACGCGCAGAUGCGCAUCGAAAGCGCAAGAGACACGCUGUUGCUGCUGCUGAAGAGUCUGCCCAUGGGAUGCUACUUCAACAUCUAUGGAUUCGGCUCUCACUUUGAAUCCUUCUUUCCUCAGAGUGUCGUGUACAACGAGGACACGAUGGAUGAGGCUCUAAAGAGAGUAAAGAGCAUGAACGCAGACAUGGGUGGCACAGAGAUCCUCCAGCCGCUGAAACACAUCUACAGUCAGCCCUGUUACCCGGAUCACCCCCGACAGCUGUUCAUCUUCACUGAUGGAGAGGUGUGGAACACUAAAGAGGUGCUGGAUCUGGUGAAAAGUCACGUUUACUCUCACAGGUGUUUCUCCUUCGGGAUCGGUGAGGGUGCGAGUACGGCUCUCAUCACAGGAAUGGCGAGAGAAGGUUCUGGUCACGCUCAGUUCAUCACAGGAACGGACCGCAUGCAGCCCAAAGUGAUGCAGUCGCUCAAGUUCGCUCUCCAGCCGGCCGUGGAUAAUAUCUCUGUGAACUGGACCGUUCCUGAAGGCGUUACCGUGGACACGCUGUCUCCACCCAUCAAUGCCCUGUUCCAGGGUCAGAGGGCUCUCAUCUACGCACAGAUUAAAGGACAGAGUUCAGAAAAGACAGAAGGAGCUGUAACAGUAAAAUACAGGCUGAAGGAUCAACCAGUGACUAACCAGCUUCAGUUUACUCUUAAACCAACGGAAGACACAGGACUGACGAUCCACCGGCUCGCGGCCCGGUCUGUGAUCCGCUCUCUGGAGCUAGAGGAACGAACCGGAGGAGCAGAUGCGGAAAACAUCAGGAAAAGGAUUGUGGAGCUCAGCGUUCAGGCAGGAGUGAGCAGCGCUCAUACGUCCUUCAUCGGCGUCAGUAAAGACAGCAAAGAGACUGUGAAAGGACCACUGCUGCAGAGGAGAGUGCCAGUACCACAUAUGAUGCGUGGAUUUUGUGGUGCCCCCAUGAAAAUGUGUGCAAUGGCAGCUCCCAAUGUGAUGCAACGUCGUUGUGCAGCACCACGGAUGGCUCCCCAAUUGGCAUUUUGUUCUGCAAUGCCAAUGGCUUCCCCAAUGGCACGUGUCUCUCCAAAGCGUAAGAAAUGGUUAGGAUCGAGCGGCAGCGGGAUUGAAUGUGAUGCUGUGUCAUUUGAGGAAGCAGCUCAGCCCCAGAAGGACCCUUUGCUCCAGCUGAUCUCUCUUCAGAAGGCCGCGGGAUGCUGGGAGCUGAACGCCUCAUUGGCUGCUGUGUUUGGGAAGACGGAGGUCGAGGUGACCAGUCGGAAAGCAGCACAGGUGGACGGGUCAGUGUGGGCCACCGUCCUCGCUCUCAUCUGGUUACACGCGUAUAAAUUAGAUCAGCAGGUCGAGUGGCAGUUUGUGGCCAUGAAGGCGGCAUCAUGGAUCCGCUCUCAGAAACCGAACGGCCUGUCUCAGUGUGUAUGUGAUGGGAACGUCCUGUUGGGAUGUCAGGUGACUGAAGACACACUGGGAAUCUGAAGACUGCAAAUCCAGUGCCUAUAGAAGACCAAAUUUAUCUCACAAACAUUUGUGCUUUGUUGUUGUUGUUUGUUUUUUUUCUGGUAUGGGACAAAAAGAGUUUUUGAGAUAAAUAAUACUUUUUGCGCAAGUGGCUGAGGGAUUUUUAGUAUAUUUAAGCUCCGGGAUCUGUCCUAAAAUUCAGUAAUGAUUUCAGAAAUAUAUAAUCUUAUGGUUCUAAAUUUACUAUAAUGAUUAGUGAUAGUGAGUGCAUUACUUCAGUGUGAGUUUUAGUGAGUGGAUUGUGUCAGUGUGUAAAUAACAAGCUGUUUUAUCAGAAAGUAUUUCUUUACUAGCCAUUAUUACCUGAUAUGUAGAAUUACAUUGAUUUAAUUCUUAAUUGUAAUGCAAUCUGAAUAAAGAAAAAUGUAAUAAUGAA